CUGAGCAGUAAAGGUAAAGCUCAAGAGCGGGGUGUUCCGUAGUUCAUCUCCGACCACCGAACUGAGCACAUCAUGAAGAGCUUCGUCACCAUCUUGGCCCUCGCGGCAGCAGCGGCCGCCCAGAACUGCCCUGAAGAAGGCGUGGCCUACUUCGCCGACCGAGACUUCUGCGACCGCUACUCUCAGUGCCGCGACGGCGUCUACACGGAGGAGCAGUGUCCCGACGGCCUCCUCUUCAACGACCUCAUCACCAACGGCCGCUACCCCUGCGACUACCCCGCUGAGGUCGACUGCGGACCCCGGUCCAAGACGCAACCCGCCCAGCCCACGGAGUUCUGCCCUCACCAGUGGGGCUACUUCGGCUCCGGCGACCGGGCCCAGUGCGGCUACUUCUACAACUGCGUGGACGGCCAGGCGCACCAGUUCACCUGCCCCGAAGGCCUCGCCUUCUCCUCCGCCACCUACCGCUGCGAGUGGGCCGACGAGUCCCCUGACUGCGACUCGGCUGCCUUCUUCGGCUUCACCUGCCCCGCCGAGGUCGACCUCCGCCAGGUGCAGCUCUUCGGCCACUCCCGCCUCAGGUCUCCUAGGGACUGCCGCCAGUUCUUCAUCUGCGUCGGAGCCUCGCCCAGACUCAACUACUGCGACCUCGGCCUGGUCUUCAACGAGGCCACUUCCUCCUGCGACGAGCCUGAGAACGUGCAGGGAUGCCAGAGCUACUACCCCCCCGAGGAGCUGGCCGCCAUCAGGGACAGGAAGGAGAAGACGCGUCUGGCUCAGCUCAAGAGAGAGGAGGAAUUCCAGCUGUUGAAGCAGCAGCUCGCUCAGCGAAGGCAGAACUUUGAGAAAUGUGCUAUGAUUGACCCAGCAGAGCAUAAAAUAUAUAACAUUUAUCAGACUGACCUAGAGGCAGAUUUCCAACAAAAAGUUAACAGCGGAAAGAAUAGUCACGUCGCUCGGGAACUGGAAUGCCGUCUAUGCGAAAGGUUUUAUGCACUACAGUUUCGUGUCAGUGUGAAGAUGUGGUUCAUCGGGAUAGUAUCGUCUCUCCUUCUAGCCUGUGCCAAGGCACAGCAGCUCGUCAGCGACUGCCCUUCGCCCAACGGGUACUUCGCCGACUCGGUCCAAUGCGACAAGUACUACGACUGCCAGGACGAUGUGCUCACGGAGAGACUCUGCCCCGACGGCAUGGCCUUCAACGACCUGAACCCGAGGAUUGAGAAAUGCGACUUCACGUUCCAGGUCGACUGCAGCGGAAGGCCUGAGCUCCAGCCGGCCCAGCCCACCGAGGUGUGCCCCCGCCAGAACGGCUACUUCCCGCACCCGGACCCGAAGAUCUGCAACAAAUUCUACUACUGCGCCGCGGGUGCGGGCUCCCUCAUCACGUGCCCCGACGGCCUCGUCUUCUCCCUCAAGACCGGCAACUGCGUGUGGCCGGAUGGUGCAGGGCGGUCCGGAUGCGCCUCCACCAACCUCCUGAACUUCACGUGCCCCACCACGGGCAUCGACCUCCAGAGGGACGCCCACCCUCGCUUCUCCGACCCCGACGACUGCCAGUACUUCUACGUGUGCAUCAACGGCAAGGACCCAAGGAGGAACGGCUGCGCUUUCGGCCAGGUCUUCAACUCCCUCACGAAGGCGUGCGACUCGCCCAAGGAAGUGCCUGAGUGCGCCGACUACUACUCGCAAUAUUUCGACGAGUACUUCCAGACGCUAUCGUCGGGCGGCCGCGUCAGCGCCGACAUCAUCGCCGCCGCCAUCGCCGCCGGCUACGACGUGCCCGACCUCAAGGACCGCAUCCGGGUCGCGACGGGCGGCUCCGGCUCCGGACAAACCCGCCGAAGGGGCCAGACGCCCGCGCCGCCCCUCGACGCCGCGGACGACACCUCCUUCCGCUCGCCCGCCACCUCGGCGCGCCGCCCCGCUGCCGCGCAACCCGCCGCCAGGAACGAGCAGCCCCAGCGCGCCGCCAGGCCCUCACGCCCACGCCUCAGCGCCCGUCCCAAGCCUACCGCCCCUCCCACCACCACCCCCCCGCCGCCCCCACCCGCGCCCGUGGACGACUACGCCUACGACUACGCGUAUGAGGACUACCCCGCCGACGCCCAGUACGACGAGGUCGCCCCCGCCCCCGCGCCAACGACCGCCGCCCCCCCGCCGCCCCCGGAGGCCCCAGCGCCCAACCGCGGCAGGGUCGUGAACAGGCGCCCCCUCGUCAGGCCCAGGAACUAAGCGAAGGAGGGAGAGAGGGAGAGAAGGAGGGAGAGAAGGAGGGAGAGAAGGAGGGGAGGAGGGAGGGAAGGAGGGAGGGAGGGAGAGAAGGAGGGAAGGAGGGAUAGUAGGAGGGAAGGAGGGAGAGAAGAAGGGAAAAAUAGGUAGAUAUACAACUAAUAAAGGAAUAUAAAGGCAAUGGAGUGACAUGACAUCAUCUCAAGUUCCUGUUACGACGGAAAGUCAGUUAACUCUUGUCGUAGUAACUAGAUUUGUACCUUUGCUAUCCAGGUGCUAUCCGAUCCCUACGCCUGGUACCUUUUUUUUUUUUUUUUUGUCCUUUCUAUUGAAAAUAUGAUCAAAUUUAAUCUCUUAUUUAAUCUUUACUAUAUUUCUGACGAUGAUGGAAGUAUAGCGUUCAUUUUGCCUUUCAGAAUUCCAUUGUGUAAUUAUAGCAUGUGUAUAGUUGGGGAUUUUUUUUUUUCUUCUUCAUAAACUGUUAAAUAUCACAUUGCUGUACAAAAUUAUUUUUCGUUUUACUCUAUUCUGUUUGAAAUUCAGAAGCUCAAUUUUUGUGAGCAAUGUAUGAUUUUUUUUUUUUUAUCUUCCUCUUUUCUGUAUCAUAGUCUAGAUUUUGUCAAUUAUUCAUGUGACGCUCAGUUAUGGCUUAUGUUGAUUUGUUUCCUCUAAUCUAAUGCGCUCUCUUUUUCCAAUAAAUUUGUUACAAUAUUA